AUGGGCUAUACAAACAGCGCGAUUGUUAUAUGUCCACACCGAGUUAACGAUACGGACUACGUCUGGCAUCCUCAGCCGACUGUAGUUGAUCACGCUCGUAUCGAUGCUUAUGUGAGUGGUAAUGGAGUGUUUAGAUCCGUUGCUAUUUCCGACGUAAUAGUGACGGAAUCUUCAUUUUCCUUCGUUACUAUCGAUGUAAGACGAUCGGACACUGAACUACAACUCGAUUUCCCAUUCAACAAGUUGUUUGCCAUGACCGAGCGCCGUUUGAUAUUUAUAUGUGGCCCGCGAGAUUUGGUUCUGAGUGAUACAUUACAGCGCCACCUCGACAGUCUCAAUGGUUUUGGUCAAAUGCAAGCACUUCCUUGGACCUCUAAUAUACCCUUGGCUCAUGAAAUGUCGAAGAUAGGGCACGGAAUUGGGAUCUUUUUCUUAUACAGCGGAAGCACGCAUCUGCCACUUCAAGGCUGCGGUAGUCGCCCCUCGCCACUUUUUCACGCAGACAGUGAAGUAACAGUGGAUCCCGUCACUGGAAUCCGUUCAUGCGUGGUGGAUCCAAUGUCGAAUUCACGUAUCGGGUUUCUCUGCGAGGGCAAGAUUGAACCCAAUCAUUGCAUGAGAUGGCUCUUAGACACAAAUGGCAGACUUGUUAACGUUCCUCAACCAUAUUCAUAUUGGAAUUUUGAUCACCAUAAGCCUUGGGUGAUAGCGCAAUAUUUUAAUCAAUUAGCAUUGCCGCCCAUCAAGGGCGAAUGCAGAUGCAUCGAUUCCGAAACCGGUCAGGUGAAGGCCAGGAUUGAGAUUCGUUCGAGAACCAACUACGUUUGUGACAUCUCGAGCAUGAUCGAACGCAACCGUGCGAAUCCUAUCAACGGCCCUUGGUGUUCGGUGGUGCUACAUCCAGGCAGCACAUUGACCAUAAGGUUUCCAACGACGGAUGGCGAUUCGGCGUCUUACGAUCAUUCCUUGCCUGGCCCAUCUUCGCGACAGACGUCUGUCUAUGAGUACGAAACUGAAUUCCUGCCGAGGGAUUUGACCACACUGCGGCAACUUAAAACGGCGUAUGGCUUUGAUGUGUACGAAGAAAUCUCGUACAACGAAGCACUUGCAGGCGAUGCCCUCGAAAUGGAUGUUUCCCAAAUAGCCCAGGGUGAGGUAAAACUGAAGUACCAUGCGGACAAACCUCUCGCUCUACUGAGCGGAUUAAAUUCGUUCUACUACUAUUUGACAUUGAGAUAUAGAAACAAGAGUGCCUUGGAUAGGAUAAGCGCCAACGUCAAUGUGUCCUUUGCUUUUACUCAUCAUUACAAGAUCGUCGGCUGCGAUAGGGGGACACCAAGUCUGUUUGACGGAGAAAAGAACAAGCAGUAUUGUGCUAUUAAGCCGAUGGGAAACGGUAUAGGGAAUGUAUACGAAUGCGUAUAUGAUGGUGUGCGAGACGGUAGGCAGACUGGUAUCCACUGCGAACCAGACGAGGAGUUGCUACCGGGCAACUGCGACUCCGCAGGAUACGAUCUCUAUUCCAAUAGAAUAAUGCCAUUCCCCGGAUUCAUUAGAAGUGUGACGCCAUACCCCAUUCUGGGAUUUAAGGUUUUGGGCUUUGAAAUUCGGCACAACCCUGCAAGUUAUGCUUGCAUCUGUGUCAAUGAACGUGGUUACGAAACCUCAAGGAUUAUCGUUAAGUAUAACCCCAACAAAAAUUAUGAUUACACAGUGCGACGCGAAAACGAUCGGCUCACGUCACUCCCGCACAUAUUGCUGCCUUGGAGUGAGGCCGGGCUAUUAGGUAAAGGAACCCGGUCAACAAUGUCGCUUGCGCUACACCAUGAACCACAGCAAGCCAUUAAGAUACAAGUGGGCACAACGUUGUCCUUAUAUCGUGGUUUGAGCCCCAACGCAUUGCUUGCGAAUCGAUUAAGUAAAAGCAUCACCAAUGUAGAAGAUACACCACACACAACUUGGUUGCCCGCGGAUCCUCAAGAAUUCUAUUUUACCCUCCACCCUACAACAAAUGAACGAGACGUUAUGCGAAAGAGAUACGACGACGUGAUUACCGGCACUACGGGCGGUUUUCGCGUCGCUUACAACGACGAAGAGUAUGCGCCAACAUCUAGAAAAUUGGUAAUAAAAUCAAAUAGAGCCGCUGUCUUGAUAUCAAAGGACCCGGCACAUAAGCAUUGCGUGCCCAUCACAUUCCUCUGCGGCAAAGCGCCACAACCAUCGGAUCUGUCCGUCACUGAUGGCGUAUACGCAUCGCCGAGUCCCUAUAUCACGGGAUCCUUGGAACAAUACACGUGGCACCUAGUUCAAGUUAACGUCGAGACCACGGACCCAUACAUGCAGGGCUGCGGCGUCACAUACUCGUCAGAUGAGCUGUUCAAACCUGAGACACCUCCACUCUACGACGCUGAAGGGCAGUCUCAGUUUGGCUGCAAGAUUGAUCUUCAGGCUGCCAAGGAAGCUGCAUUCUACUGCCCAGCACCGUACCUCCUGGACCCACCCAACUGCUUCAGCCAGGUCUACGUGGACGGUGAAGUAAGGAACCUAAGCGACCUCAGCCAGUCAUUGGUGGCAUCGCGAUCCAACCACUUUGUCGUCCUAAGCUUCGAUAGCUCACUUGCAGGGCAAGGCAGGACGAUUCGCCAGGCGCCGCCAUUGGAGUGUCGUUGCGUCACCAUCAAGGGUAUCGUUCUCUCCACUAUACAAAUAGAGAAUUACUACGCCAAGUGA